UUGUUGUCUUCUGCAAGGUUCUGCUGUCUCGGGUCGUUGCCUCCAGUGGUGUUGCCCUCACUUUGCUGCUGCUUAGCAUUGUUGCUGUAUAGUGGCUCUUGGCGGUGCCUUUUGCUUUUGUUCAUUCACAUUCUCUCUCUUAUUAAAAGGAUGACACAAAAUCAAGUUUCAUUGUGGCCAUGCAAAACAAUCAUCUCAGCUAAUGAUGUACUUCAGACAAAUGUUAGUGAGUAGCAGAAGUCAAGCGCGUCUAUCAUAUUCAUUGUUCUGUUUUCAAGUAGUUUACUUCCCUUUAACCCUGAAAUUUGGACUAAGAACACCACGACUUGCCAACUUAUAUGGUGUGUUUGGAACACUCAUGAUACGCAGACUUAAGAAGGAUGUUCUUUCUGAGCUUCCUGUAAAACGCAGGCAGCAGGUCUUUCUGGAUUUGGCUGAAAAGGACUUGAGACAAAUCAAGGCAUUGUUUCUUGAGCUGGGAGUGCUCAAGGACAGGAUAAAACUUAGCAAGGCCAAGGAUGAACACGAGUCUCUCAAACUUUCUGAAAAGAGUUUAAUUAAUAAGGUACAUUUCUGUUGUAUUUCUGCUAGUAUGCGUACAACAUGGUAACAUUGUUUGUAGCCCGCAAAGUAUAAAUCUAUAGGUGUUUUUGUUCCUGUCAUGCCUUUCUAUUCUGCAGAUCUACACUGAUUCCGCAGAGGCGAAGAUUCCAGUAGUUUUGGAGUACUUGGGAACGGUAAUUGAGGUGAGUUUAUUUUUGCGUGA